AUGGUAUUAUUCUUUGUGUCACCAAAUGUUUCGGCCAUUGAUAAGGUGUUUCCAGGCAAUGCUAAGGAUGUUGAUAUCAUAAUAAAAUCCUCAAUCAGUGAUGACGAAGAUACUAUCUGCAAAUCGCUUGUGCAGACUCAAGGUUACGCCUGUGAAGAACAUAAAGUUACUGCGAAAGAUGGUUACAUCCUUAGCGUGCAGCGGAUUCCAGUAGGGCGGUCUGGUAAGACAGCGAGCAAACCGCCGGUGCUGCUACAACAUGGGCUAUUAGUGGAUGCCGCAGCAUGGUUGCUGAACACUCCAGAUGAAUCUUUAGGUUUCAUUUUAGCGGAUAACGGCUUCGAUGUGUGGCUUGCGAACACACGCGGAACUAAAUAUAGUCGUGGACAUACGUCUUUGAGUUCGAAUGAUUCGGCUUACUGGGAAUGGUCGUGGGAUGAAUUAGUCCAGUAUGAUCUUUCAGCUCUUGUCCAAUAUGUUCAGUACAAAACUGGGCAGAAGUUGCAUUAUGUUGGGCAUUCCUUGGGAACUUUGAUCGCUUUAGCUGCCUUUUCCGAACAAGGUAAGCUGAUAAACAUGUUCAAAUCAGCUGCUUUGCUUAGUCCAAUUGCUCACCUCAAUCAGAUUCCGUCGCAAUUAACAAAAGAAGCUGCACAGCUGCAUAUAGCCGAAGAAUUAUACAGCUUGGGUUACCGUCAAUUUCCUCCAGGAUGGGACGUCCUAGGCCCAAUUCUGGAAAAGAUAUGCAAUGAACCAGGCACUAAUUGCUCCGAGUUAAUGACUGCUUUAACAGGCCCAAACUGCUGUAUAAAUUCUUCAAGGGCAGGCGAGUUACUUAAACAUGAACCCCAACCAACUGCAACUAAGAACAUAAUCCACUUGUCUCAAAUGAUAAGAACAGGGACCAUAGCCAUGUACGAUUACGGUAGUGAAGAUGAGAACAAGGAACACUACGGGCAAUCGGAUCCCCCAGCAUACAACAUGAAAAACAUCCCGAAAGAGCUCCCUCUUUUCCUUGGCUAUGGCGGUCAAGACAUGCUUGCUGAUGCUAACGAUGUUAAGGCCUUGCUAAAUGACCUCAAAGAUCACGACAAUGGAGAGCUGGUUGAAGUAUACAGCGAGGAAUAUGCUCAUGCAGAUUUUGUUCUUGGUGUGAAUGCUAGUAAAGUCGUCUAUGAUCCUAUGAUUUCCUUCUUCGACAUCCAUUCAUCUUGAACUUCAACUUCACAUUU